AUGAAGUUCUCGAGUAUAAUUCCUGCCAGUAUUGCUGCCUUGAUGGCAUCAUCAAAUGUUUUGGCGACCAGCUCUGUGGCCUCUGAAGCUACAUCAGUUGCUUUAACUUCAGCUGUUUCUGCAGCUUCAUCUAUUGCAUCCUUGUUUUCAUCCGCUCCAUCUUCCACAGCUGCUCUAAGUUCUUCACCUGUUUCAGCAGUUUCAUCUAGUGUCUCUACAGCAAUCUUGCCUAGUGCUGAUGUCUACGAGAUUUAUGUUCUUUUCGAAGAUAUUGCUGCCAACGAAGAUGAAUACCUUAAUUACCUUUUAGGUGAUACAAAUGUCACAAUUCCUGAUGGCUUGAUGGAUUUAUUCAUUGAUGUUAUGACCUACACAGAUAGUAGUUUCACUACUAUCUUUGAAGAUGUUCCACUUUCCGAGUUUGAAGACAUCAAUGCUAUGGUCACUGACCUUCCUUGGUACUCGAGCAGACUAGAGUCUCUUCUUACCGAAGUCACAUCUAUUCCUUCUACAUCUGUUGUUUUAACAUCAGCUAUUUCUGCAGCUUCAUCGGUUGUGUUUUCAGCUGCCUCUGAAACUUCAUCAGUUGCUUUAACUUCAGCUGUUUCUGCAGCUUCAUCGAUAUUGUCCUUACUCUCAUCCGUUCCAUCUUCCACGGCUGCUCUAAGUUCUUCACCUGUUUCAGCAGUUUCAUCUAGUGUCUCUACAGCAAUCUUGCCUAGUGCUGAUGUCUACGAGAUUUAUGUUCUUUUCGAAGAUAUUGCUGCCAACGAAGAUGAAUACCUUAAUUACCUUUUAGGUGAUACAAAUGUCACAAUUCCUGAUGGCUUGAUGGAUUUAUUCAUUGAUGUUAUGACCUACACAGAUAGUAGUUUCACUACUAUCUUUGAAGAUGUUCCACUUUCCGAGUUUGAAGACAUCAAUGCUAUGGUCACUGACCUUCCUUGGUACUCGAGCAGACUAGAGUCUCUUCUUGACGGCGCAACAACCGUUCCUUCUACAUCAGUUGCUUUAACCUCAGCUAUUUCUGCAGCUUCAUCGGUUGUGUCCUCAGCUGCCUCUGAAACUUCAUCAGUUGCUUUAACUUCAGCUGUUUCUACAGCUUCAUCUAUUGCAUCCUUGUUUUCAUCCGCUCCAUCUUCCACGGCUGUUCUAAGUUCUUCACCUGUUUCAGCAGUUUCAUCUAGUGUCUCUACAGCAAUCUUGCCUAGUGCUGAUGUCUACGAGAUUUAUGUUCUUUUCGAAGAUAUUGCUGCCAACGAAGAUGAAUACCUUAAUUACCUUUUAGGUGAUACAAAUGUCACAAUUCCUGAUGGCUUGAUGGAUUUAUUCAUUGAUGUUAUGACCUACACAGAUAGUAGUUUCACUACUAUCUUUGAAGAUGUUCCACUUUCCGAGUUUGAAGACAUCAACGCUAUGGUCACUGACCUUCCUUGGUACUCGAGCAGACUAGAGUCUCUUCUUACCGAAGUCACAUCUAUUCCUUCUACAUCUGUUGUUUUAACAUCAGCUAUUUCUGCAGCUUCAUCGGUUGUGUCCUCAACUGCUUCUGAAGCUACAUCAGUUGCUUUAACCUCAGCUAUUUCAGCAGCCUCAUCAAUUGUGUCCUCAGCUGUUUCUACAACUUCACCUGUCUCCUCUACUGUCUCUUCUGCAUCUUCUUCGACUAGUACGUUCUCGAUGUCUGAUUAUGACGUUUAUGAGGUCUAUGUUCUUUUCCAAGAUAUUGCUGCCAACGAGGGUGAAUAUCUCACAUACCUUUCCAGUGGUGCAGAUGUCACAAUCCCUGACGGCUUGAUGAAUUUGUUCAUUGAUGUUAUGACGUACACUGACGACAGCUAUACCACUCUAUUUGAAACUAUGUCUGGUGCCGAAUACUCGGAAAUCAAUGAAAUGGUUACCGAAUUGCCUUGGUACAGUUCUAGGUUAUUGGCAGAGCUUGCAACUUAUGAUGCUACCUCAUCGUCCUCAGUUGCCUCUGUUUCUACGGAAUCUAGCGUUGAGACAACAGGUAUCUCAGAGACUGAGUCAACUGUUGCAUCCACUGGUAUCUCAGAGACUGGAAGCAGCAACACUGCAACCGGCUAUGAGUCUACUGUUGCAUCUACCGCUGUUUCGGAGAUAACUGGUAAUAGCAACACUGCAACUUCUGUGGAAACUGGUUCUUCUUCUUCUGAAGAGUACUUUACAACCACCAUUGUUUCUGGUACCGUCACAAUCGUUUCGACAUACUGUCCAAAAUGUACCGAAACAGAGACUGCAGAGACAUUCACCACCACUAUUGUUUCUGGUACUGUCACAAUUGUUUCAACAUACUGUCCAAAAUGCGCCGCAACAGUGACCGCAGAGAGUACUGGCGAGGCUGCAGAGACAAUUACCACGACCAUUGUUGAGGAUAACACAACUAUUGUGAAAACUUACUGUCCAAAAUGCACUGAAACAGAGGCCGCAGAGACUACUGGUGAGGCUGCAGAGACUAUAACCACGACUAUUGUCGAGGAUAACACAACUAUUGUGAAGACUUACUGUCCAAAAUGCACUGAAACAGAGGCCGCAGAGACCACUGGUGAGGCUGCAGAGACUAUAACCACGACUAUUGUCGAGGAUAACACAACUAUUGUGAAGACUUACUGUCCAAAAUGCACUGAAACAGAGGCCGCAGAGACCACUGGUGAGUCUGCAGAGACUAUUACCACGACUAUUGUUUUGGAUAAUACCACUAUUGUUACGACCUACUGUCCAGAGAGCACUGAAACAGAAGCUGUCGCUUCUGCCGCUUCUACAGCAGUAGCAGCAACAGCUGCUGUUACUACAGGUGCAAGUGUUACAACGAGCUUGUCUUCCGAGGCUACUACUUUAGCUUCAUCUUCUCAGUCAUCAGUCUCAGCUAAUGGAUCUAGCGUCGCUGCUACUGUCAGCACGUACAAGGGUUCUGGAAACACUCUUAAGACUCCAGCUACCUUCCUUGCUGGUAUGGGUGUUAUCCUUUACUUAUUGAAUUAA